CCGCUCCACUAGUCCGUUCACUACUAACUACGGAGACUACGUACGACUGCUGUCCCCGCGGGUCGGAUGCUUCCAUGCUGCUGUGGUUACUGGUUACUGGUUAUGCUGGGGCUUGAGUUCAUUGACGCCUGAUUAUUCUUCUGUCUGACGGAUCCCCGUCUACUCUCACUGAAUCCACUGCCGUCAUCGUUCAUUCCACUCCAGUCCCCUCCAUCAUCCCAUCUAUAUCCUAUCCAUGGCUACCUCAACCGGUACCGGGUGGGCUCAGCUCCGGCAGCAAGCCCGAUCACUCGAGACUCAAACCGAGAACCUCUUCCACACAUACUCCCAAUAUGCCUCGUUAACAAAGCUACCUCCGACCCCCACGGAGGAGGAGCAACGGAACGAAUCGCAGCUCAAGGACCUACUGGAACGACGUGAGUCGCUCAUCGCCCAACUCGCCCGCCUCCUCGACUCCGAAGCAACCCUCACCUCCUCCGCCCUGAAACAAAACAACCUCACCCGCCACCGCGAAAUCCUCCAAGACCACCGUCGCGAACUCCAGCGCCUGAAGUCCGCCAUCGCUGAGUCCCGCGACCGCGCCAACCUCCUCUCCAACGUCCGCUCCGACAUCGAUGCCUACCGCGCCUCGAACCCCGCCCAGGCCGAGGCCGACUACAUGCUCGAGGAGCGGGGUCGCAUCGAUGAGAGCCAUAACAUGAUGGAUGGGGUCCUGAGCCAGGCGUACGCCAUCAACGAGAACUUUGGUCUGCAGCGCGAGACCCUGGCGAGCAUUAAUCGGCGGAUUGUCGGGGCGGCGAGUUCCGUCCCUGGUAUGAAUGCGUUGAUGGGGAAGAUUGGGUCCAAGCGUAGACGGGAUGCUUUGAUCUUGGGGGCUUUUAUUGGGUUUUGCUUUUUGAUGCUUGUGUUGUUGCGGUGAUGUUCCUUCUGCUCCUGCUGUCUUUCUCUUGCUGUCUCUGUUUGAUGGACUUGUUUGGUUCUAGCACGUUGCCUUGUCGGUAUGGGUAUGGCGUUUGGGAGAUCGUUCUUUUCGCAUUCAUUUCUACUAUACAGAGCUAUUAAUCGUGGGGGUUGCCCCUGGUGUCGGGGUCUGGGUCUGGGUCUGGGUCGUCAGCAUAUCUUACACACCCACCCCCCAAAACCUGAUAUGUACAUACGUACACACUCCGUCCAUCCAUCCAUGAACUACCUUAGGGCA